UCAUGCACCUAGUGCACAGAGGAAACCAGCUGAUGCUGCUUCAAGUUGUGGAGUGAGAAACUAGAAGAGGCAUCAACAAAAAGGGGGAUUGAACUCAGGAGUGCUCAACCACUGAGCCAAAUCCCCAGCCUUAAUUUGUAUUUUAUUUAGAGACAGGGUCUCAUUGAACUGCUUAGCACCUCACUUUUGCUGAGGCUGGCUUUGAACUCAUGAUCCUCCUGCCUCCACCUCCUGAGCUGCUGGAUUACAGGUGUGCGCCACGGUGCUUGGCCCAUUAUGGAUCUUAAAGGGUCUCGCUAAGUUGCUGAAGCUGGCCUUGAACUCAAGAUCCUCCUGCCUCAUCCUCUGUAGUGGCUGGGAUUACAGGAAAAGAUGUCCUUCUGGUCUUCAAUUCUGAUCUGCCUUUUCCUGCUUAUCUCUGAUUCCUGUGAGUUCUUUGCUGAAUCGAAUUACUCCAGGAGCUAUCCUUGUGAUGAGAAAAGGCAAAAUAACUCCAUUAUUGCAGAAUGUGACAGCCGUCAACUGCAAGAAGUUCCUCAAACAGUGGGCAAAUAUGUGACAGAACUCGACCUGUCUGAUAAUUUCAUCACACACAUAACAAAUGAAUCGUUUCCAGAGCUUCCAUAUGUCACUAAAAUAAAUCUAAACCACAAUGCCAAUCAAGAGCACUAUAAUAAAAAUCCUGAUAUGAAUAAAAAUGGCAUGAAUAUUACAGAUGGAGCAUUCCUCAAUCUAAAAUACCUACAGGAGCUACUGCUUGAAGACAACCAGUUAGAGAGAAUACCCUUUGGUUUGCCAGAGUCUUUGAGAGAACUUAGUUUAAUUCAAAACAAUAUAAUUUCAAUAACUAAGAAUGAUACUUUGGGACUUAUGAACUUGGAAAGUCUCUAUUUGGGCUGGAACUGCUAUUUUGUUUGUAGUGAAACAUUUUACAUUGAAGAUGGGACAUUUGAAUCCCUUACAAACUUGAAGGUGCUGUCACUGUCUUUCAACACUCUUAUCCAUGUGCCACCCAAACUACCCAACUCCCUUCGAAAACUUUAUCUGAGUAACACCAAGAUCAAAACUAUAGGUCAAGAAGACUUCAAGGGAUUGGUAAAUUUAAGAUUACUAGAUUUAAGUGGGAACUGUCCAAGAUGUUUCAAUGCACCUUUUCCUUGUACACCUUGUGAUGGAAAUGCCGCAAUUGAGAUACAUCCUCUUGCUUUUCAAAAUCUGACCCAGCUUCUCUACCUAAACCUCUCUAGCACUUCCCUCCGGAAGGUUCCUUCCACCUGGUUUGACAAUAUGCACUACCUGAAAGUGUUGCAUCUCGAAUUCAACUAUUUAGUGCAAGAAAUGGCCUCUGGGGAAUUUUUAACAAAGCUGCCCAAUUUAAAAAUACUCGAUUUAUCUUUUAACUAUGUAAAGACAGAAUAUUCACAAUAUAUUACUCUUUCCGAAAACUUCUCUAAACUUCAGUCUCUCAAGGCACUGCAUUUAAGAGGUUAUGUGUUCCAGACACUCAGAGAAGAAGAUUUCCGACCUCUAAUGGUUCUACCACAACUUCGAACUAUCAACUUGGGGAUUAACUUUAUUAAGCAAAUUGAUUUUACCCUUUUCCAAAGAUUCCCCAAACUGGAAAUUAUUUACUUGUCAGAAAACAGAAUAUCACCAUUGGUAAGUGAUAUCAGGCAAACUCCUACAAAUGGUUCCUCUUUGCAAAGUCAUACCAUUAAACGACGCUCCAUGGAUGCCAAGUUUGACCCACAUUCAAAUUUUUAUCAUAACACCAAUUCUCUAAUGAAGCCACAAUGUACUGGUUAUGGCAAAGCCUUGGAUUUAAGUUUAAACAGUAUUUUCUUUAUUGGUAAAAACCAAUUCAAAGGUUUCAGUGACAUUGCCUGUUUAAAUCUCUCUGCCAAUGGCAAUGGCCAAGUAUUUAAUGGAACUGAAUUUUUAGCUGUGCCUCAGGUCAAAUACUUGGAUUUGACCAACAAUAGACUAGACUUUGAUGAUAACAAUGCUCUCCGUGAACUGUCCCACCUGGAAGUUCUAGAUCUCAGCUAUAAUGCACACUAUUUCAAAAUAGCAGGGGUAACACAUCGUCUAGGAUUUAUCCAAAAUUUGACACAGCUCAAAGUUUUGAACCUGAGCUACAACAGCAUUUAUACUUUAACAGAGGAGAAGGAACUGAAGAGCAUGUCCCUGAAGGAAUUAGUUUUCACUGGAAACCGCCUUGACCUUUUGUGGAACACCAAAGACAACAGGUACUGGUCCAUUUUUAAAUGUCUCAGGAACCUGACACGGCUGCACCUGUCUUCUAAUAACCUCCAGAAUAUCCCAAAUGAAGCAUUCCUUAACUUGCCAGCCAAUCUCACUGAACUGUACAUAAAUAAUAAUCUGUUAAAUUUCUUUAACUGGACACUACUCCAGAAGCUUCCAUAUCUCCUCUUGCUUGACUUAAGUGGAAACGAGCUGUCCUCUUUAACUAACAGCCUAUCUAAAUCUACACCUUCUCUUCAGACACUGCUGCUGAGCCGGAACAAGAUUGCCCACCUUCCCUCUGGCUUUUUUUCCGAAGCCAGCCAUCUGGUGCACCUCGAUUUAAGUUUCAACUUGAUAAAAAUGAUCAACAAAUCCACACUUCAGACAAAGACCACUACCAAUUUAGCUCUUUUGGAACUAGGCAGAAACCCUUUUGACUGUACCUGUGACAUUGGAGAUUUUCGAAGUUGGAUAGAUGAAAAUCCAAAUGUCACAAUUCCUAGAUUGAUAGAUGUCAUUUGUGCCAGUCCUGGGGACCAGAGAGGGAAGAGCAUUAUGAGCCUAGAGCUGACAACAUGUGUUUCAGAUACCAUUGCAGCCAUACUCUUUUUCUUCACGUUCUUUAUCACUACCAUGGUUAUGCUGGCUGCCCUGGCUCACCACCUGUUCUACUGGGAUGUCUGGUUUAUCUACCAUAUGUGUGUUGCAAAGAUCAAAGGUUACAGGACUCUUUCCACAUCCCAAACUUUCUAUGAUGCUUACAUUUCUUAUGACACCAAAGAUGCCUCUGUUACUGAUUGGGUAAUCAAUGAGCUGCGCUACCACCUUGAAGAGAGUGAAGGGAAAAAUGUUCUCCUUUGUCUACAGGAGAGGGACUGGGACCCGGGGUUGGCCAUCAUUGAUAACCUCAUGCUCAGCAUAAACCAGAGCAAGAAAACGAUAUUCAUUUUAACCAAAAAAUAUGCCAAAAGCUGGAAUUUUAAAACAGCUUUCUACUUGGCAUUACAGAGGCUAAUGGAUGAGAACAUGGAUGUGAUUAUAUUUAUCCUGCUAGAGCCAGUGCUACAGCAUUCUCAGUACUUGCGACUGCGACGGCGGAUCUGCAAGAGCUCCAUCCUCCAGUGGCCUGACAACCCCAAGGCAGAAGGCUUGUUUUGGCAAAGUCUGAAAAAUGUAGUCUUAACUGAAAAUGACUCACGAUAUAAUAAUCUGUAUGUUGAUUCCAUUAGGCAAUACUAAGUGAUGUUAAGCCAUGUUUUGACACCAUAAUAAAAAUUCAAGGCAAUGA